UCAGUGGAGGCUUGCGAUCUGUUUGUGGGCCGCGUUUUCUCGUUUUAUUUCUACGAAACGACAGAUGAAUUGAUAGCUGCUAGCAUAAUUGUCUUCAGCUCAUUACAUGAAAUCUGUGCUAUGGAGUGAUAUUUUGGUUUUUGGAUUUAACGAAAGAAAACAGGGAAAUGGAGAGGGAUUUACAAGAUGAGGAUGCUGAUUUACUGUCUGAAAGUGAUUGUGAUUCAGAUUGUUAUGCUGAUGGCUAUGAACACACACUGGCAGCAAGAGACCCGCUGGACCUGACUGAAGGAAGUCUGCAAAUGUGCACCUGCAUCAUCUGCCUGAAGCCUCUUGAAGCAAGGAGUGCUUCUUCAGGGAAUGUCUGUGGAAACUGUGCUACUUGCUUUCUCAUCCACACACUUUUGUGGGUGAAGCCUGCGGCUCCGGGCUGUCCGUCGGAGGAAUGGACUCCCGGUACGGCGGCGGCUCACCACGCUCUGGACGGACGGCCGGUGGCGUCUCUGGCCGCUCCGGUGUCGUCACAGACCGAAACGGCGGUGGCGGCGGAGCGGGAGUCCGGUCCGUGGAGCAGCGGUCUGGGCAGUGGCGGCUCCUCCGGUGAGGAGAGCGACUGGGACGGCGGCGGACCGGUGGCCACUGUGCGCCACCGGCGCCGUGUGGGUGCCGACUGUGCCCUGAUGCGGCUGAAGCGGCGGCGCGGCGCGCGUCCGCCGGCCGCCGGCGGUCCGGGCCUGCUGCGCGGCCACGCCGACCGGCCGCCACCCGUGCUCCACUCGGCCGGGGUACAGCCGGCCGGUGGCGCCGCGCCGGACCGCUCCCCGCCGCCGCCGGCCGGCGCGGACCAGGAGGUGGGCGCCGCCGGCGGCACCGACACCCGCCUGAGGAGCGUCAUCAACGGCGAGGGCGCCGGCGGCGGGGCGGCCGGCGGAGCGGACGGGGCCCCGGCGGACGUCGGCGGCCGACCACUCACCGCUCUGAAAACUGUGAUAGACGACGGCCGGCGGGCCGAGCCGGGCCGCACGGAGGACGACCUGGAGGACGUGUCCGCCGACGAGGGUGUGGGGGACGAGCGGACUUCUCCCGAGGGCCGGCCGCAGGAGCGGGACGACUCACCGCCGGUUGGAGGGGUCCAGAGUCCGGUUGUAUCGCCGGGCGCCCACCGUCCUGCUUCUCUGGACGAUGUAUCGGACGAGGACGCGCUGGCCGGUAACGGUGUCGAACACGAUGAUGUCGAUGCGAUGGCCGAGGACCGUGAGGUAGGGGAGAACGGAGCUGGUGACUUGGCGGGCGCGGAGACGGAGCCGUGCUCGCCCGGCGGGGCUGAUGGCGCUGACGGAGACGGAGAGGGUGAGACGCUUCUGCCCGGAGGGGAGCAGCCAUCUAUCCAGGAGGAUCGGGCGUCGGAGGAGCGACUUUCCACUCCAGAGGACGGGCCGUCCGCCCCGGAUGAGCGACCAUCCACCCUGGAGGAGCGACCAUCCACCCCACCAGUCGAGCGUCCAUCCACCCCGGAGGAACGGACGUCCACCCCGGAGGAGCGACCAUCCACGCCCGAGGAGCGAUCAUCCUCCCCAGUCGAGCGACCAUCUUCCCCGGAGGAGCGACCAUCCACCCCGGAGGAGACGCCCUCGCCGUCCGCGGGGAGGACGCCCGAGUCGCCUAGCGCGGAGGUAGCCGAGGCUGAUCCUCUAAAGUCGCCGAUCACUGAGAGGACACCAAAGUCUCCAAAUGCGGAGGAAGCAGUGGUCAGCCCACCAAAGUCGCCGAGUGUUGAGGCACCUGCAGCUGACCCACUAGAGUCUCCUAUGGCGGAGAGGACACCCGAGUCGGAGGUGGUUGACCUACCAGAGUCGCAGAGUGCUGAUCCCGCUGAUAGUACCACUACUGCGGCAGCGACAGGUGUAUCAGAUGCUAUAGGUAGCGUGGCUGAGGGUGAUGCGGACGCUGAUGCCGAGCUGUGUGAAGCGGAGUCUGGGCCGGACAGGCCAACCGACUCAACUCAUCAGAAAGAAGCAUUUAGUCCUAACCAAAGACUUGUUGAGACUGGGGAUGAUGUAAGUGAGAUAACAUCCACCCUGCACCAAGAUUGUGUAGCAGGCGGUGUUUCUAGCGGUGCUACUGGCGGUUUUAUUUCUGACAUGGGCUCUGUGGAUAAUCUUCCCGCGGAAGAGGCCUUGAUAUUCAACGACCGUGCCACCUCGGGAGAGAAGCUUCAUCCCAGGGAGGAUCGCGAGUCCGCUCCAUCCGAUAUGAGCGAUACGGAAUCCUCAAUCGUUGCUGAAAGCUCAACACGUCCAGACGGUUCUGACUGUUCCGAGGCAGCUGAGCCGCGUGAACUAUUGCCAGGUCACGAAAGGGUGAGCGAUAGUGAAGAGCCGUCUGCCGGCGAUGGCGAUGCGGGCCAGGGAGGUGUAGCGAGUGACUCAAAGGCAGCUAUGAGACAAAACAUUCUACCAGGCCAUGAGUACAUCAGCGAUAGUGGUGAGGAGUCCCCUGUCGUCGUUGAAAGCUCAGAACACUCGGACACUGUUAGUGGCUCCAAGGCAGCUUCUGAGCACAGUCUUCUCCCAGGCCACGAGCGUGUCAGUGAUAGCGGCGAUGAAGUAGAGCCUGCUGUAGCCGCUAGCCCUAACGGGGCGGCUGUCAGUGAUUCCGCCGCUGUGGUGGGCGGUGCCGCCGGGCUGGCGUCUCCCGUGUACUCUCCGGUCAUGUCCCCGGCCAGUAUCCACUCGCUGGAGUCUGUCGGCUCGCCGCAGCGUGGGUCCGCUGCGGCGCCCGCCGAGGCGGCCGCCGGACACAGUGCGCUCGGCGUGGCAGACGCCAGUGACGUCUCAAGCGACGAGGAGCUGGUACGUGACGAGGCCGGUCAGCCGGCCGCGUCGGAGUCCUCCGCUGAUGGCUCGCAGAGGCCGGCCGGUGACUGGAAGCUGCUGCCCGUCGAGAGCAUCUCCUCGCCGGAGAGUUUCGGGCCGGACCAGGAGGAACCAGAUGAGCCCGCGCCGGCUCCCGAACCGGAGCAGACGAGUCCGACUCCGACCGAGACGCCGCCGCCGACGGCGGCGGAACCAACCGUCGGGCCGGCCGCGGCGCCCGCGACCACACCGGCGCCGCUGCUCUGUCUCGGCACGGAACAAAUUUCUGACAACGAGGAGGACGGCUUUGACGACGGAAUGGAGGAGGGUGAGAUCCCGUCAGAGAGGCCUCCCACCCCGCCGCCGCCGGCACCGGCACCGGUCCUCCUGCCUCCGGCACUCCCAGCACCGGCGGCAGAGUCGGUACUGCAGCGGCAGCCCGGCGACAGCGAACACUACGACGACGCCGAUCUACCUGAGGGCGACUUCGAGGAGGGGGAGAUUCCCUCCGACCUGCCACCUGAACCACCGGUGGCGUCUCCGAAGCGCGCAGAAGAGUCGCCACCGCCUGGCUCAGGCACGCCGCCGCCGGACGCUGUCGUUCAGGUGCCACUCUCGCCGGCUGAUGAGCCACCGCCGGAUGGUGACUACGAGGAGGGAGAGAUCGUGGAGGAGCAGCCACCAUCGGCCGACGAGCCGGCUGACGACGACGCUGACUCACCGCCGCCGUUGACGGUGCCGCCCCCGCGCGGCGAGCCCUCCGACGGAGAGGAGCCCGUGCGGGGCCCGUCCAGGGGCAACGCGUCGCCGUCGGCGCGCCACGCGGCCACCGCCGGUCCCACGACUAUCAACGACGACGACGACGCUCCGGACGUCGACGAAGAAGUGCGCGAUUUUGUCGUGAGUGAGAAGACCAUCACUGGUCUGGAUGAUGAUGAGGAAGGGGACACUGUAGGAUGGAAGAAGUUCCGCAGCACGCGGGGACGGAACUAUCGUGAUGGAAAGCCGGCCGGCCGAACGGCGGCCAGGUCCAAAGAGACUGGAGAAUCGCGAAAGGAGACCAGACGCUCACCACCCGCGGACGGUGGACGGAAGGGCAAGAAGCGAGACAUUCAGCGGUACGAUGUCCGCAAAGUGAUCACGGAGCGGAAAAUGCGUGCACAGGAGAAUCAGGAGCGGGCUGGCGUCGUGCGGCGCUCGCGUUCGUCCAGCUCAGCGGGCUCGCGCUCGCCGCGCCGGGCCGCUCAGAGGUGGCGGAGGUCACGCACGCUCAGCCGCUCGCCGGGACGUCGUCACCGCGAACACCGACGAAGGUCUCGGGAGAGGCGCUCUCCGCCACGGCGCGGUCACUCGCGCCAUUCGCCCGCGCGCCAUUCGCCUGCGCGCCACUCGCCGUCGCGUCUCGCCCAUCCGCGCCACUCGCAUCCGCGCCAUUCGCUGUCUCCCACACCGCCACAUAAACGAACUCAGUCACCUGUGAAGAAGGGAAAGGAUAAGAGCAGAGAACGGAAGAGGAAACUCAGUCCGUCGCCGGGCGCUGCUCCGAAGAAACUAAAGAAGAGGAAAGAGAAAGUGAAAAAGAAAGACGACAAAAAGAAGAGGAAGAAGCGCCUAAAGUCGCCCGUCUCUAAGGCGGUGAUUGUGGACGGCGAUAACCUGGUGGUGAGUGUGAACUUCUCGAAAGAGUCCCGCGACCGGCUGGGUACCAAGAGCCGCUUGGUGAGGCACGAGGAUCGGGAGCCGUCCGUCGAACUCUCCCCGGUGCGGGACAAACCGGCCAGAGUUCGGGACCUCCCGACUCCCUCCAAAGACAAGCGACUGCCGGUCCGCGACCGCGACCGAGACCUGCCGCGUCGCGAUCGCGAGGAACGAGUCAAGCCGCCGCGUGCCGGUCGCCAGGAGCGUGAUCUCUCGCCGGCCCGGCAGCGGCGAGAUGCCAGGAAGGAGAACAAGGAUCCAAAGCAGAGUGCGCGCUCGGAGCGUAACAAGGACGGCAGUGAGCGCCGCUCGCUGUCGCCUCGUCCGGCUCGCGGCAGCAAGAGAGCGCGCAGUGUAACACCGCCACGGAAGCGUCGCAGUCCGAGCCCGCGGUCUAGAGCGGCGGCCAGCCCGCGGGCCGCACCGCGGGUCCGCGCGCCAAGUCCCCGCAGUCCCCGGGCUCGACUGCCGAGUCCGCGAGGUCGAGCGGCCAGUGCCCGAACACGCACUCCCAGUCCCCGCUCUCGGGACCAGCUCAGUCCGCGACCACGGGCGCCCAGUCCUCGCGGCAAGGCAGCCAGUCCGCGGGCCCGCAGCAGAAGUCGGUCGACGUCAGAGCGGCCGCGCAAACACCCGCGCCGCUCGCGCUCGGGCAGUCGCUCCAGCUCGUGGUCUCGCUCGUCCGACUCGAGUGAGUCUCCGGCGCCGAGUCACCGCCGCUCUGACAGCCUCUCGCGCCGCCGGCAGCGCCGCAGUCCGGACCUGAUCGAUUUGGACGAGGUGGUGGAGGUGUCGCCGCGGCGAGACGAGCCUAUCGUCAUCACCGACUCAGACGGCGAGACUGAGUCGACGGCGCCGCGGCCGACGCAGACCCGCGCGGCUGCUCCUGCCGCGCGCCCGGCGCCCGCUGCGACCGCAGAGUCGGCGGCGUCGGCCCCGCGCGCGACAGCCCGCAGUCCGCGCGGCCCGAAAACUCCGCCGGAGCCGGCCGCCGCCGAGCCGUCGGUGCGGUUCUCGCUGAGCGCCAAGCUGGCGGCGGUGAGGAUGAUCAACAACCCGCUGCAAGAGGAAGACGACGAGGGAGACUCGCCACCGGCGUCGACGGCAGCGGCGACGACGGCGGCCGCCGCGGCGCCGGCGGCGGCGACCACCCAGCCGUCGGCGGCGGCGCCGCGCGGCCCGACCACGCCGCCCGAGCCGCCGCCGCCGGACGCUUCCGAGGCCAAGUUCGGCGACCAGUACGACCCGUUCGAGCCGACCCACUCGCCGUCGGGGACGCCCGACUCUCCGCCGUCGCCCGACGCCAUGGAUAGCCCCGAGCUGGCGGCGUCGCCCGCGGCGCCGGAGCCGCCCCCGCCGGCCGCCGCCGAGCCGUCCCCGCCUCCACCGCCGCUGCCGCCCGCGGAGCAGCGCGACCGGGCUGCGGAAAAACCACCGGAGCCGCGCCACCCGGCAGAGGCGGAAAAAACGACCACCGCCGCCAGCAGCGCCGGUGACCAGCCUAUUUGCCGGCCUGCCGCCGCCGUCGGCGGCCAGCCUGCUCAGCAGUGUUCUGAGCAGCGUGCUACCCGACACCUCACGGCCACCGCCCAGUCUGCCCUCCGCCUCGGCUGCCCCGGCCGCCACCUCGAGCUCAGCGGGGGCGCAGGCCGCGCCGGCGGCCACCACUGCGCCUCCGCCGGCGGCACAGAACGGCCAGCGAGGCUCGGCAGAUGUGAUCGACAUGGACGUCUCGCCGUUCUCCCCCGACUCCCCCAACUCGCCCGACUCGCGCGAGGGUGAUGACCUGUUCGAGCCGCCGCGGCCGGCGCGCGCGCCGCAGCCGGGCGCCGCCGGCCGCGCCGGACGUCGUAUGGAUCCCAAGGAUCGGUUUGAGGCGAUGUUUGGCGGCGCACAGGGCCGGGGCAAGGCGACGCCAGCGAAGGCCACCCCGACCAGGGCGGCGCCCGGCAAAGCGGUGCCGGGCAAGGCGGCGGCGGGCAAAGCGGCUGGGAAGCAGCGACCGGCGGCCCGCGGCGCCCGGGCGGGCAGACGCACGGGCGGUAAGGCUGGCGCCGGCUCGGCCACCGCCGACGCCGAUGACGCACUCAGGAUUGUCGACGACGUGCCCAACUCGGCUGUGGAGAUGCAGUUCCUGAAGAAGCUGAACCGCCAGGAGCGUGUGAUAGAG